UGCCAAAGAACUUCCAAGAAAAAAAAAAAAAAACAACCAUGUCGAUUUAUCCACCAUCCGACUCCGAAAAUGACACGACACGACACAAAAGGCUUUUCGGACGUGAAAGACCAAUACAUGAAGUUCUGGGAGGAGGGCAAGUUGCAGACGUGCUGUUAUGGAGAAACAGAAAUAUCUCAGCUGCACUUUUGGCUGGAAUGACAGUUAUAUGGUUUCUCUUUGAGGUUGUUGAGUACAAUUUCGUGACCCUUCUCUGUCACAUUUCCAUAACCACAAUGCUUGCCUUCUUCAUUUGGUGUACUGGAGCAGAAAUAUUUAAAUGGACUCCUCCCAAAAUACCUCAAGUUAUAUUACACGAAUCUUCAUUCAGAGAAGUGGCUUCAACCUUUCACACAAGAUUCAACCAAUCAUUGUCAAAGCUCCUUUACAUUGCAUGUGGAAGAGAUGUACCACUUUUCUUAUUGGUAAUUGUAUCUCUCUAUAUUUUAUCUGUGAUUGGAACCUGUUUCAGCUUCUUGAAUUUCCUUUAUUUGGGCUUUGUCUGUAUGGAGACACUUCCAUUUAUGUACGAGCGAUUCGAGGAUGAUGUCGAUCGUCUCGCUGUCAGAAUAAUUCGAGAGAUAAAGAGAUCUUACCGAAGAUUGGAUACAAACGUUCUCAACAAGAUUCCACGAGGUCCAGUGAAGGAGAAGAAGUUCAAAUGAACAAGUUGAAUACAUGGGCCACUUAGAGCCCUCUUCUGCCCUGAGAUACUCAUGUAAAUUACUGUGUCAUGAUAUUUGUGUGCAACAUUACAUUUCAAUGUUUGAUAGAACCGUAAUAUAGUUACAACCUAUAAAUUGUUACACCAAACUACUAAUUUCCAUUGACAAAAGGUUUGUGAAUCAUGUUACACCAAAAUUAUAUGAUAAG